AUGGGAGCAGAAACAUGUGAAGAGCUAUUUACUCCUCAAGCCCCUCACAUAUCCAUGGCAUUGGACGGAAUAGAGAUUAUCAGCAACUCUUCAGGAUCGCAUCACGAAUUGCGAAAAUUGGACACAAGAAUGGCCAUGAUCAUUGAAGCCACUAGGAAAUGUGGAGGCAUUUAUUUGUAUGCCAACCAAAAAGGUUGCGAUGGAGACCGUUUGUACUAUGAUGGAUGUGCGCUGAUUGCAAUGAACGGAAAGGUGGUUGCUCAGGGAUCUCAAUUUUCUUUGAACGAUGUUGAAGUCAUAACGGCAACUAUCGAUUUGGAGGAAGUGAGGGCUUACAGAGCAUUAAUUUCUCAUGGGCUUCAGAGCCGCUUAACGCCAAAAUACGAACGAGUUCACGUUCCUGCAGAACUAAGUCCGGACUCCAUGAACUUUGACAUGAAAAUCAAUCCUUCUGUCCCACAGCAGUUAAAAUACUACAAACCAGAGGAGGAGAUUGCGUACGGACCAGCAUGCUGGCUAUGGGAUUAUGUUCGUCGAAGCAAGGGCUCUGGGUUUUUCAUACCAUUAAGUGGAGGAAUCGAUAGCUGUGCAACAUCUGUUAUAGUGCAUUCGAUGUGCCGAUUGGUUGUCCAGGCAUGUAAAGAGGGCAAUCAAAGGGUUAUAGAAGAUGUGCAAGCAGUUGCAAAUAUGCCUCAAGGCUGGAUUCCCACUUCACCUCAAGUCCUGGCCGGGAAGAUUUUUCAUACGUGCUAUAUGGGAACUAAAAACUCCUCGGUCGACACUAGAAGCAGAGCCAAAGAACUCGCGGAAAAAAUAGGAUCUUACCAUGUCGAUUUAAAUAUGGACUCUCUUGUGUCAGCCACCAUCAGUGUCUUUGAAGUGACGACAGGAAGAAAACCAGUGUUUAAGAUAUUUGGUGGAUCCAAUAUUGAGAACCUAGCGCUGCAAAACAUUCAAGCCCGGCUAAGAAUGGUGCUCGCUUAUCUAUUUGCUCAGCUUUUGCCAUGGGUUAGAGGAAGGAACAACACAGGUGGACUUUUGGUUUUAGGAUCUGCAAAUGUGGACGAACAGCUAAGGGGUUAUUUGACUAAGUAUGAUUGCUCAUCAGCCGACAUCAAUCCAAUUGGUGGAAUAUCGAAAUCAGAUUUGAUUAGAUUCAUAAUGUGGGCCGAAAAAGAAUUUGAGCUUCCUAUUUUGAAGAGUUUUGUGGAUGCUACACCAACGGCUGAGCUCGAGCCGAUCACUGCUAGCCACGUCCAGUCGGAUGAAGCAGAUAUGGGAUUCACUUACGAAGAAUUAAGCAUGUUUGGAAGAUUGCGGAAAGUUGACAAAUGCGGACCAUAUUCCAUGUUCAUCAAAUUGUUACAUAUAUGGGGUGAUAAGAAGACUCCUGAAGAGACUGCCGACAAGGUAAAAAACUUUUUCUGGUAUUAUAGUGUGAAUCGGCAUAAGCAAACAGUUAGUACUCCGUCCUACCAUGCAGAGCAAUACUCUCCAGAUGAUAACCGGUUCGAUCUACGUCCGUUCCUGAUAGACCCAAAAUUCAGUUGGGCGCGGCAAAAGAUUGACGACGUUUUAUCAAAAUUGCGAACGGAUGAAACACUUAGUACAAUGACAGUGGACUAA